GUUGGUGUAAGCUGGUGAUCUGGAUUGUUUGUGUUCUCUUGCAGUGCUGAUCCUCCACGCAUAACCAAAGACGUGAUCUGUUUCCACGCAGCUGAUUUCCCUGACGUGGUUCAGCGGCUGCAGCUAGAUCUUUACGAGCCGCCUCUUUCUCAGUGUGUGCAGUGGGUGGACGAUGCUAAACUCAAUCAGCUGAGGCGAGAGGGAAUCCGCUACGCUCGAAUCCAGCUCUACGAUAACGACAUCUACUUCAUCCCUCGCAACGUAGUUCAUCAGUUCAAGAGCGUGUCGGCCGUGUGCAGCCUCGCCUGGCACGUGCGUUUGAAGCAGUACCAUCAGCCGCCCGAAGAAGAGCAGACUCGUGAGGCAGACGAGCUGAAGCAGCACAUCAAGCAGGAGUCGGCUGGAGAGAACGGCAGAGCUGCAAGCACAGACUGCAGACCGGUACCGGAGCCGUUCUGCGUAACACAAAUAAAGAUGGAGCGGGCGGAGCUACUCGCUGACAGACCACCCAAGCCUCCUCCUGGAAGUAGCAGCUCGACUCCGCCUCUUGUCUCUUCUGACGGCCGACCCAAAGCGCACCACGCGGCAGAAUGUCCGAGCGCUUUGUCACGCAACUCCACAGCCGGUCCACACACACCCAAACACACGAACACACCAGCACCAACCAAGCACUCGCACACAUCAACACCAACCAAACACACACACACCUCCGCAUCCAGAUAUCUCCAUUCUUCCUCUGUCCACAAAUCAGGCCACACGCCCUCAACACCAACUAAACUCAGUCAUUCUGCCAACACAACCAAACCAACACAAGUGGCUAAUAUAACCAAACCAACACACCUUACUAAUCGAACCAAACCCACACCACCUACUAACGCAACCAAACCAACACAACUGGCUACCAUAACCAAGCCCAUGCUACCGACUAACACAACCAAACCCACACACUCUGCGAACGCAGCCAAACACACACACUCCUCCACACUAAUAACCAAACCUGGCCCUAAACUGAGCUCUGGACUGUCAAUCAGCUGGACUGCUCCGCCCCUGACCCAGGCCACGCCCCCUCUGAGGCCGGACCGCACCCCAGACUCUCUGCACCCAAAGGCGGUCCGAGCUCACCCGCAUGAACCACACAAAGACUUUUUAUACUGAUUUGUACAGAACGGUUUUUAAACGGCGCUUCAUUCAAUCACUUUAUUUCUACUGUCUACCGGUUUUUCUUUCUUCGUAAUCGAUCUGACUCGAGCAGAGAAUCCUUUUCUCUCUCGGUCUCUCUCCUGUUACUGCUUGUCAACAUGGCAAAUGUAGCUCGUAACUCGCUCCUCAGUGCCUGUCCGUAACUGUGAAAUAUCCAAGCACUUCGGCUCGGCUGCACUGAGAAAAUUCUUCAAAUCCAAACAGGUCCUCGAAUAAUAUAUUUUCAGUUGUAGGCUUUAGUCGUAUUAGAGCUGACAUGAACAUAUAUAUUUUUUGUAAGAUGACACAGAAUUCUUUUAAAGACUCUACAGGCUUUUCCAUAGAGCUUAUUUAUAUCAAGGGUUUCUUUGGUUCUGUUUGAUUCGUCAGCACUGUAGUGUACAUAACGAUUUUUCUAAAGGAAAUGUGUAGUGUGAUUUAUACUGAAAUCAGAACCUCCUAAUAAAAGGUUCCGUUUGUUGGA